AUGUUGGCAAAUGGCGAUCGAGUCCACGAAAGCUGCGACGUCAGUUGGGACCGUUGGCUUAAAGUGGAAAACACCCCGAGAAGGUCAGAACAGACGUCGACAAAGUCAAAUGACCGCGAUGUUAUUAUAUAUGUUGCUCGUGAGUUACAAGAGAUCUGGAAUUCGUUUCGUUCUAUGUGGCAAAAGACAGUCUUUGAAAUAAAGCAUGAAGCCUUGCAAAUUACUUUUUAUUACUUUUGGUAUGACUACCAUACCAUGUUUCUAAUGAUUUUUAUCACAUCAUUUGAUAUUUUGAUCUUUUUACCAUAUCACACUGCAAAUUUGAGGACAUUAAAUUUUGGGAUGUGCGUGCAUAUAAUUAAUUUCAGCAAAAAUUGUGAGCAUCGUAAAAAAGCAUUGACCAAGUAG